UUGGCUUGUUUUAGAGCACGAGAUUCAAAAGUCUUCCUUUAUUUCUUAAACUGCGUGCCCAGUCAAACUAUAUCACAUAAAUUGGGACGGAGGGAGUAGUACAUUUCUCUGUAUCUAUCUUUAUCUCUUUCUAUCUAUCUUUAUGUAUAUGUAUGUAUUUCUUGUCUCCACCCUGGCUGUUAUAAAGUUAAUAUAUUGUGUUUAUUGUCUAUUGUGUAUUUAUCUAGUAAUUUUAGUUACUGCAGUUAGAUUGUAUAUAUUGGUAAUUCUGUGUUUGUAAGUUCUUUUUUAAAUUUCUUUUCAUCAUUUGGAAGAAAACUUAUCUUCCAUAUAAAGCUACUUCUUUCAAUUUGUUUGUCGUACUUUCCAUUUUAGUGUGUUUAAAAAAAAAGAAUGUCUCUUUCCUUUUUGGCAACUCUUUAAUUCUAACUUUCCACAUGACAUGUUUAAGACCACAUGAUUAAAGGGCAAUUGGUACAUUCUACACAUCUUUAGUUUAAGAUCACCUGAUUCAAAAGUCUUCUUCCUUUAAUUAAACUCCGUGCCAAGUCAAAACGAGACAAACAAAUUGAAACAGACGGAUUAUCUUUUUUGUGGUAUAGUGAUUUAUAUAAUUGGAUACACCUAGUUUAGGACUGAGCAAUAAUUGAUUGGUAAUUAUCAUAUUUCUAAGAUGAUUUAUGUGGUUGAUCCUAACUGCUUAGAACUGACGCAGUAGCUCAACUAUGUAAUCAUUGUGGACAUCUGAUAGAAAAGAAAGUCUGGUUUAAGUGCAAAAACACUUGAAGAUUAACCAGUGAACCCGCAGUUAGAGAAUUAAAUAGGAAAAUGUUAGUAAAAGCUUGAUAUUCAAUCAAACGCAAAUAAGAAUAAAGUAACUAUACGGUUAUUUAAAAUCCAUGGGGAAUAGCGAAGAACAGAAUACAAUGGAAUGAAAGUAUCCAUAUGCGAUGCUAAGUAGUGGGGAUUAAGGAUCUUACGUUAAGUAAAAUGUUUAACAUUAGUCUUGUUAGUUAUAGUCGUGGUUGUUUGGCAUUGUAGGAUAGAUGUGACAGUUAGAGAAUUCCUAAUUUAAGAGAAGUCCUUGUUUGUCCUAAAAGUCAAACUAUUAAGUAGUGAAAUGAGGCGGACCCAAAUGAAAUGGAAUCAUAUGGAGGCCAGUGUAAUUAAAAGCCAUUGCUUUGUCGCUUAAAGUGAUCAAGCGAUGCAAAGCGAGGGGUAAUUGUUUCAUGUGGGUGAAGCCAUGUGAUGAAGAGAAGUGUGCUCUUCAAAGUUCAAACAAUGACGCCACAAAGUGAUCCAAAAGAAAAGGCGGUUCUUUGAAUCUCAGCUUUGAGCAGUUGGAUUAAUAUUAUUGUAUAUUUAUUGAGAUAUGUCAUAAGUAGUGAUGGUGGACUACUAUGCAAGUAAUCCUGGACCAAUUGAGGAUGCUGUGUUAUACGAUCAAGACAAACAUGUAUCAUCUGCUAUUUGGGAGGGGCAGGAGCGUGGUGCUCUUAGGUGUCAUGAACACACAUCAAAGCUCGAUCAGUGGAUGCUCACAGAGAAACAGGUUGGGUUGGUUAAAAAGGCUGGAUUUGGCUAUUUGAGAAUGAUACCGGCAAUCAGUUUGGAUAACCCACUCAUAUCUGCCCUAGUUGAGAGAUGGAGGAGAGAAACAAACACGUUCCAUUUCACCGUUGGGGAAAUGACUGUGACCCUUGAGGAUGUCGCCUACUUGCUUGGGCUACCAGUUGAUGGUGAAGCUGUUAUAGGCGUGACAUAUACUUCAUGUGAAGCAGUCUGUAUCAGAUUGUUGGGGCAAGCACCCGACUCUGGAUAUACGAGUGGUGGGAUGGUGAAGCUUAGUUGGUUGAAAGAGACGUUUUCCCACUGUCCGGAGGAUGCUUCCAUGGAGGAUAUUGAGCGUUAUACACGUGCUUAUCUUCUAUACCUGGUCGGUAGCACCAUUUUUUCAACUACCACUGGCAAUAAAGUACCUGUCAUGUACCUUCCACUGUUUGAUGAUUUUGAUGAAGCUGGCAAGUAUGCUUGGGGUGCUGCAGCCUUAUCCUUCUUGUACAGAGCGCUUGGCAAUGCUUCCCUCAGGUCCCAAAGCACAAUUAGUGGCUGUUUGACACUGUUACAGUGCUGGAGUUACUACCACCUCAAUGUAGGUCGGCCAAAGCUUAAUCACGAUCCAAUCCAUGAGUGUUUCCCAUUUGUUCUUAGGUGGAAAGGUAAACAAAGCAGUCCAACGUCAAACCGUGAUGUGGCAUUCUACCGAAAAUCAUUGGACUCUAUGAAGCCAUCUGAUGUCGACUGGUGUCCUUACUCAAACAUUAGUCAUACCGUCAUACCAGACCAUGUAUUGCGCAGCCUCAUUCUGGGGAGAUCAAAGACCAUGUUGAUAUGUUAUGACAAGGCAGAAAGACACCUCCCAGAUCGUUGCCUAAGGCAGUUUGGCAUGCAUCAAACAAUCCCUGAAGAAGUACAGAAGUGGGAGAGGAAGAGUCGGGGAGUUGAUGGUGGUGUAGAUCUAUCAGCAAAAAUGGAAUCAGAGCUUAAUGAAUGGUCAAAUCGUCAUCUCUACAUUGUGGAGGCAGAGGAAGAUGUGGAGGAAAGUGAAUACAUGCAGUGGUACUUGGGAAUUACAAGGAAGUUGGUGGGGAGGCCUGUUCCUAUCUCAUCUGAGUUUCAAAGAAUGAAUGCCGCACUGAGGGAGAUUGCCCACAUAGUGGACACUGUUUCAACUCAUGGGAUGGAUGAUCAACAGUUGCAAUCUGUCACAAGAAUCCGAUAUAUUACUUAUGAAUGCCUGAGGGAUCAGAUUGCAAGUACAGUAGUUGCAUCGAACUCACAAAGUGAAACUGGAAAGAGAGCACGUGGAAAGGAGAGAGUAAGAAGGAAGGGGAUGGGGGGAAAACGUAAGCGUAAAGAAGAGGUAGAGCAAUAUUAUGCAGCAGGGAUACCCAUGCAAUCUCGGAUACCUUCUGCAACUUUUGAUGUAGAUCCUGCUCACCUAUAUCAUGUGGGGAGUGAGGUGGAUAAUUCUCAUUUAUGCAUUACUGUAAGUGAAGAUGAUCAUGGUCGGAUAUCUCAUGUAGGUCAAAGUGUCGAUGAUAUUGAUUUCUGCGAAGAUGCUAAGGAAAUUGACGAAUCACACUUCCAUCAUAUAGCUGGAGAAGAAGAUGGACAGCUCACCAGUGAAGUAGCAGAAGAUAAACCUCAUGCUUCAAUUAAUAUUGUUCCUCAGGUCUCGCAUGAAACUAGAGAGGAGGUUGCACAGCAGAACGAUUAUGGGGUUCUUGUUUAGACCAGUAAACAUGAGUUUUUUAUUUUGUAGGGGGAUGAUAUUCUUUCUAAGAUUUAUAUAUCUUUAGAAGUCCAAGCUUCUCAUCUUAGGCUUGUUGUAAUUAAUUAGCUAGAGAUCUUUAUUGUGGCUUGCUCAAUUUUCAGUUCAUUUGGAGAUGAUUUCCCCCCUUUUCUAGUUGAGGAGAAGAAAAUUACGCAACAUGUAGUACUUGUGAAUGGUAAUGUUAUGCUUUAUCUUCUUCAACCUUUAUUAGACCUGUA